AUGGGUGGUUCUGACACUGGAGCUGAGAAUGCUCCGGUGCAUUUCAACGACGCCGGCGAGGAGGAGGCUGAGACAAUCCCAAUACCAGAAUUGCCUUCCGUUGCGUCCUUGCCUGCAAUAAGUGCCGAACCUCAGAAAUUUGACGAGCUUGGUCUGUCAGCAAAGACCAUGGAAGCCAUUCAAGAGAUGGGGUUUGAGAAGUUGACAGAGAUACAGCAGCGAGGUAUCCCGCCCCUGUUAGCGGGCAAAGAUGUGCUGGGUGCCGCGAAAACAGGCUCGGGAAAGACUCUGGCUUUUUUGAUUCCUGCAGUGGAAAUGCUGAGUUCUCUCAGGUUCAAGCCACGCAAUGGUACCGGUGUGAUUGUUGUCUCGCCUACUCGAGAGUUGGCGCUUCAGAUUUUUGGUGUAGCCCGCGAGUUGAUGGAGAAGCACUCACAAACAUUCGGCAUAGUUAUGGGCGGCGCAAAUCGCAGAGCGGAAGUUGAGAAGCUCGGUAAAGGUAUCAACCUUCUCAUCGCCACGCCCGGACGACUUUUGGAUCACCUGCAAAACACACCUGGCUUUGUCUUCAAGAAUAUCCGCGCAUUGGUCAUAGAUGAGGCAGACCGCAUCUUGGACGUUGGUUUCGAAGACGAAAUGCGGCAGAUUGUCAAAAUUCUACCAAAGGAGGAACGGCAGACCAUGUUGUUCUCAGCAACGCAAACGACGAAAGUCGAGGAUCUCGCGCGCAUAUCACUUCGACCUGGCCCAUUAUACAUCAAUGUGGAUCAUCGGAAAGAGCACAGCACAGUCGAAGGUCUAGAGCAAGGCUACAUUCUUUGCGACUCGGACAACCGCUUCCGCUUGCUGUUUUCGUUCUUGAAGAAGCAUCAGAAAAAGAAGAUCAUUGUCUUCUUCAGCAGUUGUAAUUCGGUCAAGUUUUACGCCGAACUUCUCAAUUACAUUGAUCUGCCGGUAUUGGACCUACACGGGAAGCUCAAGCAACAAAAGCGGACAAAUACCUUCUUUGAGUUCUGCAACACUGAUCACGGGACACUGAUAUGCACAGACGUGGCUGCUCGAGGCCUCGACAUUCCAGCCGUCGACUGGAUCAUUCAAUUCGAUCCUCCAGACGAUCCCCGCGACUACAUUCACCGUGUUGGCCGCACAGCCAGAGGCGCAAACGGCAAGGGACGAAGCCUUAUGUUCCUUUUGCCCUCGGAGGUGGGCUUCUUGAAGAUAUUGAAGGACGAGCGUGUUCCACUCGUUGAGUUCGAGCUGCCGCCGAAAAAAAUCAUCAACAUCCAGAAAGGACUUGAGGAUCUGAUUAGCAAGAAUUACUAUUUGAACCAGUCUGCCAAAGACGGAUAUCGGUCAUAUUUGCACGCGUACGCAUCACACAGCCUGCGGUCAGUGUUCGACAUAUCAAAGCUUGAUUUGGUGAAAGUGGCAAAGUCCUUUGGUUUCUCGACACCGCCACGGGUAGAUAUCCAGCUCGGAGCAAGCAUGAGCCGAAACAAGCAAGAGGGCAGGAGAGCAUAUGGCAGUCAGCCUAAACAGGUGAAGAAAUUUGGAAAGAAACGGUUUGAGGGAGAGAGGGACUAA